GCGCGUCGAACGUAAUAGGAAGUAGCCUAUGUUAGAAGUAAUUACAUGCUGUCCAUCGAAUAAACAACAUGGCUUUGAAGGAGAUAUUUGUGAUGGAUUGACUGUUUAAAGUUAUUUAAAAUGAAGCGAAAUUAAUCGGUGGCCAUGUGCUGUCUAUCGAUAGAGAUUUCACAGUUUUCCCAGUGGACCGAGACACAUCAGCAACUAAUUUUGAUCUUCUCUGAUUAAAAGCCAAGUUCCUGAAACGGUAGGCCUACCCCCACAGCAGCUAGCUAAGUUAGGUAAUCCUGGCUAUGGUUGUCACGAGACAAGUAAGCUAGCACGCUAAUGCAGAAUGUCUUUGGAGGCGUCAAGUGUGUUGGCACCAUCGCAGAAAACGUCGCUGUCAUCUCUUCUUGCUAGCCGCGCUGGGAAGAGGCCGAGAGAGCAUCUGUCCGGAGAGGAGCUGCAGGAGGCUGCUAUUCAGCUGCUCAACAGCAACCAGAACCUGUCCGAUCUGCUUCUAGAAGUGGGGCAACACAGUCCCAAGUUUGGGAAAGUAGAUCAUUACUGGGAUUCAGGAGAAAGAGAUGCAUUUGAUCACCGCCCUGACCCUGUUCAGAAGACUGGAGCUUCUUUCCUCUUGAGUGAGCUGAAGAGGCAGUCACAGGAGCUGGGGGUCCCUGUGGGUGUUCUCUCAGUCAAGGUGGUGCUGGAGAGAGUGCUGGAGCUGACCACAGAGAGAGAUGAAGAUCAUGUACUCCUGACCUCAGCACAAAGGGCCCAGCUCUGUGUGUUGCUUCAGUCUACAAGAGAGCUCCUCUCACUUGGAACCUUCAGUCCCAGGCUUUUAUGGCAGGAAUAUUGGAAAGCACAGCCUAAGCUUGAGGUUAUCUACCAUUUACAUGCUGAAAACAUUCUUGCCCUGGAAGACCUCUUUGAAAGUAAUGAUGAUGUUGGGAGCUGGUUGGUGAAGAAGUUCCAGGCUCUGUGUGGGUUACUUCCAUCCCAGGAGGAGGAGGAGCUGACCAAGCAGAAGAUCUUGUCAACUGUCAUGUGUGCUCUGGUGCGGGGUGGCUUUGAGGAAGCCCAGGACACUGCUUCAUCUUCCAGAAGGUUCCCUCAACGUUGUUGCUCCGUGCUGGACAACAUGCUUUCCUGGCUGCUGGACUCGCUGAGCUCCAGCCAGGGCCCACAGGAGCAGGAGGAGGGGAAGGCAGCAGCGAUGGCCUGGGUGGGAGUGUUUGAGGCCUGUGUGUCUCAUGCCUCCGUUCUCGGCCAGGCUCUGCGUCGUUUCUCCACACGCUCCCUCACACACAUACUCACCCACUGCCCACGACUCAAAGUGUCAGAUGCAAUUGCCAUGCAGAACAACUGGACCUUUGCCAAAACCAACCCCCUCUUGACGUCUCUGUUUUGUAAGCUGUGUGUGUUGUUCAGUAUGGAGGAGCUGCUCUCUCAUCUGCAGCAGGUGCUGGAAACUCACGAGGUCAACUGGCAGCAUGUCCUUUCCUGUUUGUCCACCUUGCUGGUGUACCACUCAGAUGGACAGCCAUGCCUCAAAGAAAUGUUGUCUAGACUCCUGAGUUUAGCAUUUGAAGCCUACGACCUGGAGAGCAUGAUCACCGCCUUCCUGCUGGCUCGCCAGGGGGCGCUAGAGGGCUCAGCAUUGUUCCCCUCCUACAGUGACUGGUUUAAGCUGGCCUUUGGAGGUGCCAGUGGUUACCAUGGCAACAGCAAGAAAUCGCUGGUGUUCCUGCUGAAGUUCCUGUCUGACCUGGUGCCCUUUGACCCGCCACAGUACUUGAAGGUGCAUAUUCUACACCCCCCGUAUGUUCCAGCCAAGCACCGCGCUCUCCUGCAGGAGUAUGUGUCCCUUGCUAAAACCAGACUGGCUGACCUGAAGGUGUCAGUGGAGGAGAUGGGUCUCUAUGAGGAUGUGACUGGAGCCGCUCCAACUGUUCAGCCCCAGCAUCAAGCCCAGCAGGACGUGGAGAAGGCCAUCUCUCUGUUUGAAAGCACUGGGAAGAUUUCUGCCAUGGUCAUGGAGGCCAGUAUUUUCCGGAGGCCCUACUUCCUGUCUCGCUUCCUGCCCGCCCUCCUUACUCCACGAGUGUUGCCCGUCAAGGCAGAUGCCAGGAUGAACUUUAUUGAAGCUCUGCGGAGGGCGGAUAAGAUCCCAUCAGCUGUCUACUCAUCAUACACAGACUCCUGCCAUAGUGAGAGCCAGAGGCAGCAAUGUGGUGUGGUCAGGCCCCUGGAGGGCAGUGAGGCUGUUCUGGCAGUGUUGCGCUCUCAGCUGCAGGAACUCCGGAGGCUACUGUCCUCAGGAGCUAACCAUGGAGAUGUGUCGGCCCAGCUGGCCCGGAUCUCGGACACGCUGAGCGGAGCGUCCCCCGAGCCCCCAGAGGAGGCGGUCGGACACCACGUCAUUCAGCUCCAGACGGGGACGCUAUGUUCCAACGAACUCCAGACCAGACUGGUGAAUGCCCUCCUGAGGGGCUUCUGUCAGUGUCUCCUGGAUGCCUCUAAAGCCAAUCCCCCCAACAGGCAGGGAACGUGGGCGGCCCAGUUUGUGAAGCUCCUGCUGGGCCACAGGCGUCUGCUGAUCUCCCUCCUGCACCGCCUCUGGGAUCUGCUGCCGCAACAGGGUCCCUCUUUGGGUGCAGCUCACGUUCUAGGACUGGCUGCUCUGCUAGUGCAGCUUCAUGCAGCCGGACCUCUGUGCCCCAUGGUGCAACUGCCUUCAUCCUCCCCCACCACCUCUUCCUCCCCCUCCUCUUCCUCGUCCCUCGAUCCGUGCGGCCCCCUGCCUGUGUCCGAGGCUCUGAAUGCAGCCCUGCUGAGCCACACCAGUGACCACAUGAACUUCAGUCUGCGGUUUUGUGUGGCUGCUGUUAGCUAUGGCCUGUGCAGCUCCCAUCCUGAGGGUGUCCAGCAGUGCAUCCCCAGCGGCCUCUACAAGAAGCUGGUGUACCUGGUGCCCAGACUGGUAGCGGAGGCACGGGCAGAGGGAGGCUGCAAGGGCCGAGGCCAGCCGGAGCACCUGCAGCCUGGAGGGGGCGCCGAGGAGCCGGGGGUGUGGAGCCGCCUCACCGACCCUACAGUCACUCUCACCGCCUCCGUCCUGGAGCUGUGGAGAUACGGGCCCUUCCGCUCCCUGCAGAAACUGCCAGCCUAUCAGUUAUCUUUUCCUGAAUGGCUGGCCCUUGAACUCCGAGUGCAGCGGAGUCAGGAUGCCCUUUCUGACCCACAGAGGCAGGAGUAUGAGCAGUGGGCGUGUGAGCAGCUCUACCUUCCCACCGCGCUGGGACAGGGGGGCUGUGGAGGAGACGUGCAGAGCGCCUGCACACACAUCCUCAACGCAGUCAUGGACAUGAGCACCAGACCCCAGUCCUGGCUGAGUCCUGACCACAGUGUCCCGCUCACGGACACCUGCCUCCCGGAUGUCCUGUCCAGACUACAGGAGAUGGUAUGUGAACUGCAAAUGACUCUGCGCUUUCAGAGUUCAGGGCGAGCAGAUGGACACUUCCUCUUUGAUGUGGUUGCCGGGAGAUGCUCCAAAAGCCCCGACUCCCAGGACCUCGGCAGUGAGCUGAGCCUGCAGCAAACACUUCACACCUGGAACAGAGUUAUCCUGGCCUUGCCAGCUCUAAGUCUCAUCCCAGUGAAAACUGAAGGAGCCAAGAGGAGUCUAGAGUGUCAGCCCCUCAUAGAGCAUGUGAACCUGUAUCAGAGAAAGGUGUGUAGUCCAGCUGGACUCCUCCCCUAUCCUCUCACUGCUCACUUCCUCAGGGGGAUUGUUGGUGCCAGUAUGUGCUGUGAGCGUCCGGCUGCAUCCAUCAAUAGGGCCGUGUCUCAGAUAAGCCAACAGUGCCCUCUGCUGUUGGCCUCCGCUGGGCACUGGUGGGGGCAUCUUUCACCUGUGCUGGGCUCUCAGUGGAAUCGGGGGAGCGACGGAGACUUUCUGCCAGAGAAGCUGCAGCAGCUGGCCGACUGCCACUCCUGGGCUUGCAGGUGGGUGAGCAGCAGCACCGGUCAGUCUGAAGUCCCAUUUGCGCCUGCGCUCCUGUUGGCUGCCUGUCUGCACCAGCAGUGGACCAGUGGCCUGGACAUCUCCCCCCGGAGCAGCCCCGAGAGGCUGGCCCAGCUGCAGCAACACCAUAGGCCGGUGCUGGUGUUCCUGUUGUUCUUCUGCAUGAGCGACCUCCUGACUGCUUAUCUCGGUCCUCAGGGAGCAGAGAGUGUGAAGCAGGCUCAGCAGCAGUGCUGUGACAUCCUGACAUUACUGGUGGACUCUGCAGACUGGCUGCAUCUAUUCCACUCCCAAAGCACUGAGCAAAACCAGUACCAGUGUGCCACCAUUAUAAGUACUGAGGAGAACAACAGACUGAUGCCCCUUGCAUUCUACAGCCUAGUGCCCUCGCUGGAUGCAGCAGUGCUGAACAGUGCAGUGAGUGCUCCCAGGUUUCUCUACACGGCCGUUCUGAGCUACUGUAAGCUGCUGCAGCUCUUCCUGGAUGGAGAAACCCCAAAACCCCGACCAGUGAGCCCUCCUCAGCAGAUGGAUGUGUCUCAGGUUUUGUCCAGGGCUCAACAGGUCCUCUUAAAGAUCAUCAUCCUGAGCUCACCAGGCUGCCUUACUCACACCCAAAGAACUGAGCUGGAGGAACUGUGUGGCGAGCUGGACCCAGAGGUAGCGGCUACCCUCUCCAUGCAGCUGAGUCCUCCAGACCUGAGCCAAGAGAUGGACUUCCUGUGAAGAGGGGGGCGGUGGUCGAUUUUAGGCCACACUCAGUGAGAAAGGCCUCACUGAAUCCCUCCUAAGUGUUUACUGGUUUUUUUUUUUGGGGGGGGGUGUGUGUGUAAGGGGUAAACUUCUGUAAACUUAAAAGUUAAUUUGAAUACUGCUGCUUCUAUUUAUUUGACCAAAUAUAAAAAUCAAUUCCAAUG